AUGCGCGCCAUCGCUCUCCUCGUGGUCCAAAUCUUGCGCGCCGCGGCCAUCUGCUUAUCCCGAGAUCAGACCGGCGGCGCCACCACCUGCACCCAGGCGGAAUGCAGCUCGAGCUGCCAGUACAUCUGCGCGGGAGAGUGCUGCUCGCACAAUGUCAACAACUGCAUGGCGACCACACGAAUCGGCAACCCCGACGAGCCUGCCCGACAGUGCAGCGCCACGGAUGGCUGCCCAAAGGGGCAGAGCUGCUGCACUUGGGACAACGUCGCCGGAGCCAACAAGCCCACCGGGCUGUGCGCCGAGGUGUGUCUGAUGAAUGCGGACGCUCUGCCGACCCCGGAACCGACCCCGCCUUCGCCCAUGCCGGCCGCUCAUGAGGUCGCGGGCUGCCCCGGCAAUCCGAGCGGGAGAGGGAGCAACUCGGGCGGGUGCUGCCUCGGCGAGGGCAGCGACUGGUGCUCGGAACACUACCAGGAGGGCUUCGUGUGCGUCAACAAUGCUUGCGGCCUCGACGACUGCUGCGUUCCCGCGCGAGAGUCGUGCACCUUCUAUCCGUGGGUGACAGACCCGGCCAACUGCCACGAGGACAACUGCGAGCGGUACAAGGACCACGUAUGUGACGGCGGCGCCUGCCAGGGAGCGGCGCAAGCGCUCAAUCGGGAUACCAACGGCUGGUGCGACUCUUCGAGCAACGCCGGCACCAUCGCCGCGAUUGUCGGCGGGUGCGUCGGAGGCGCCCUCUUUCUCGCUAUUCCUGCCACCGCGAUUGUCAUCCACAAGCAGCACGCCAAGCGUAUGAGCACGGAGCCGCCGCCACCGCAUGUGACCGCAGCGGCGGUGCCAGUGCCGCACAGCGCUGUUGCUUCGAUGGCGGCGCUCCUCUUUGCCCUCGCCGCGGCCGGCGCGGAGACGCUCAGGCCCAAAAACAUCGACAUCUCGCUGACCGCGCGCUGGGACGAGACGCCGCUCUCGGUCGAGUCUGCCGAGUUCAUGGCCGACGAGGGUCUCUUCUGGGACUAUGCGGCGGCGCUGCACGAGCCAGAGGGAGGCGGCUCGGACCAGGAGGUGCUCGCGGCGAUCGAAGCGGCGGCGGCGGGCCUGCUCUCGCCGCUCCGCCUCCGCCUGCUCCGCGUCCUCCUCUCAGCGCACGUCUUCUCUCCGCGUGCGGCCAUGUGGCGACAGAUUGCAGCGACCGACGCUGCGACGCUCGGCGUGAGCGGCACGUCGGAGGCCGAGCUGCUCUCCGUGGACCGCGUCUUCCCGGGAGGCAGCCGCGCGGGCGGAGAGGCGCCUCCGCUGCUGGAGCACGGAUUUUACUUUCGGUCGCUGGCGGCGCGAGCGCCCGAGGUGGCGGACGCGCUCGGCGCGCUGCGCGAGGAGCUCGCCGCCGCGGACGCGUCCCACGACGCGUCCGAGCUCAAGGUGUGGGCGCUGCAGGACCUCGGCGUGCAGGCGGCGGCGCGGGUGCUGGCCGCCAAGCAGCCGCUGCGUGCGCUGCGCGACCUGUGCCAAAACUUCCCCUUCCUGGCACGCGGGCUGUCCAAGGGUCCGGCGCCGCGCGAGCUCGCCCUCGAGGUCGACCGCCUCCAGCAGACGGUGUGGGGCUCCUCCUUCUCGGGCGCCUUCCUCAACGGCAACCCGCUGACGCUGCGCACGCCGGCGUCCAAGACACGCCGCCCGCUGCCGCUCGUCGAGACGAACGACCUCGCCGGGCUGCUCACCACGAUGACGCGCGAGAUGCGCACCGUCGACGAGCUUCAGACGGCCGGCGUGCCUCCCCUCGCCAUCCGAGCGAUGCUCUCGCUGCCGGCGGCGCCGGCGUCGCUCCGCGCGCGCCACCCCGCGGUGGUUGUGCUCAACGACAUCGGCCGCGACCGCAAGUACGCGCGCUGGCCGCCCUCCGUCAAGGAGCUGCUGCGCCCGAACCCGUGGGGCCAAAUCUCCUUUUGCCGCAAGAAUGUCUUCACGAUGGUCUUUGUCCUCGACCCCGCCACCGGCGACGGGCAGGCCGUGCUCGGCUACCUCGUCGACUUGCACGCGCAAGGGGCGCCGAUCCGCUUCGGGAUCGUCCUCGCCCCCGGCGCGGCUGGAGGGCUCUUCGACGCGACUGAGCUCCCUCGCUGCCGCGAGGAGGCGGAGGCGGAGCGGCUGGGGCUGCUGCUGACCAAGCUCUUCCUCUUUUGCAAGCGGCGGAUGGGCUCGGCGACGGCGAUGCGCUUCCUCGCCGCCACGCGGCAGGAGGAGCAUCUACGCGAAGCCUUCCACGCCGCGGCCUCCGCCUCGCGCAAGGAGGGCAUCGACGCGGCGGCCGCCUUCGAGGGCCUCUCCUCCGGCGCCUCAACCGAGUUCGACGCGGAGGUGGCCAGCGGCGCGACGUUCCUCGCGGACAAGGGGUUGCCCGCCGCGCAGCCGCUGCUGCUUCUCAACGGCCAGCUCACGCGCCAUCGGGCGGCAGAGGGGCG